AUGACUUCAGCAUCGCCCUCGCCACCUGCAAGUCGAUCGGGUUCGAUGUGCUCUGACUUGUCGUCCUCUUUGCAGACUGAGAAAUUGGCACACAUUACGAACCUUAACGCCGAUGACGAACUUCUUCGGCUCGUCACCAAGCAGUUGGGCAGAUCUAGAAGAAUUGCUUGUCUAACUGGGGCAGGCAUUUCAUGUAACGCAGGCAUUCCUGACUUUCGGUCUUCUGAUGGGCUCUACGACCUAGUGAAAAGAGACUCUUCACAGUAUUGGUCUAUCAAAUCCGGUAGGGAAAUGUUUGAUAUUUCACUAUUUAGAGAUGACUUCAAAAUCUCCAUUUUUGCUAAAUUUAUGGAGAGACUCUACUCAAAUGUCCAGUUAGCAAAACCGACUAAGACCCACAAGUUUAUCGCACACUUAAAAGACAGGAAUAAACUGCUGCGCUGUUAUACACAAAACAUCGAUGGGCUAGAAGAAAGCAUAGGUCUUACUAUGUCGAAUAGAAAAUUACCGCUUACAUCAUUUAGUUCACAUUGGAAAAAUCUGGAUGUCGUUCAGUUGCAUGGCGAUCUGAAAACUCUUUCGUGCACGAAGUGCUUCCAGACCUUCUCCUGGAGCAGGUACUGGUCUCGCUGUUUGAGAAGAGGUGAGCUACCAUUGUGUCCGGAUUGCGAGGCACUUAUCAACAAAAGGAUGAAUGAAGGAAAGCGAACACUGGGUUCCAACGUUGGUAUUCUAAGACCUAACAUCGUCCUGUAUGGUGAAAACCACCCAUCCUGUGAAAUUAUUACACAAGGUCUAAACCUUGACAUAAUUAGAGGCAACCCUGAUCUUUUGAUCAUCAUGGGUACGAGUUUGAAAGUUGAUGGUGUGAAACAGCUAGUGAAAAAAUUAAGUAAGAGAAUUCACGACCGUGGAGGGCUAAUCAUCCUCGUAAACAAGACUCCCAUUGGCGACUCACCUUGGCAUGGCAUUAUAGACUACCAAAUCCAUUCAGAUUGUGACAAUUGGGUCACAUUUCUUGAAUCCCAAAUACCAGAUUUCUUCAAGACACAAGACCAAAUUAGGAAGUUAAGACAGUUGAAAAGAGAAGCAAGCGACUUGAGAAAGCAAAUGAAGGCCCAAAAGGACUCUAUUGGAACGCCUCCAACAACUCCUCUACGAGGUGUCGAGCAGAUCGAUACUCAAGGAAACAAUGAAUUGAACACAAAAAUAAAGUCACUGAACACAAUCAAGAGGAAAAUAUUGUCACCAGAAAACUCCAGUGAGGAGGACGAAGAGGAAAAAAAAUUAGAUACGAGGAAGCGCGCUAAGAUACGACCAACCUUCGAUAACAAUCAAGCCUCGUAA